AUGGUUGUCCUGCAAGAAGAUGGCAAUGAGUAUGAGAUCAGAGUCAAGAGAAUCCCACAGAAUACAUACUUCGAUGAGCGUCAGAAGUUCGGCGAUCCUGAGGAAGUUGAUGCCACUACAGCUGACCGAUAUAUCGUGGCGGAGCCUGGCCAGAUGUAUGCUGUGGAAGUGACUGUCAAAGCAGGUUUGAAGUGGGGAACAUACAGUCAUGUUCGUGUUAGCUUGCGUCUCGCUGGAGGUCAAGAAUUUGUAGCUGACGAAGCUUUGACUACCGAAUCGGACAUCUCUGAGAUAGACCCACUAUCACUCGCAGGAUUUAAGAUCCUGAUACGUAGACGGCUUGUGACCACUACACCAAAGGACCCCGCCACAGUUUACAAACUUGAGAAUCGAGGAACUCGGGUAUUCAGAGCACAAAAAGUAGACCAAGAAAGCUUCAAGAAGCAUGGAAUAACAUUCGCAACAGGUCUGGGUAGUUCCCGUGUCGACACGGAGACAUGCUAUCUAUCGAAGUACCUUAUGGAGGCGUCCACCUGUGCCAUGGCCUAUUUUCGAUACAGUACUGCAGAGUUCUUCGAACAGGUUAAAGUUGUAACUUGGCCACCGCCACUUCACUACUAUACCUGGGAGAAACUGAGAGAUGGACAACGCCAGGUUGCUCUCGGCCAGCUUCAAGAAAUUAGCAGGGACGACUACCUGAUAGCACAUGGCACGAAUUCAGAUCAGCAUGCCCGCAGAGAAUGGCGGUCAUGGCUCCUGAUGGAACCCAUUCAGAGACAGCAUGCAUACAAUACGCUGCAGAAAGAGUAUAAGGACUUUCAAAGAGGCCAGGUCCAGACCCAGGUGUCGUUGGUACCAAGCCACAGAUUCAUUAUUAUAGACGAUGAUGUAAUUCCUAAUGUGGGUGUUGCAUCGCCACGUGCCAGUCAUAGCACACGAGCAGCAUCAGCAGCCCUAUACGAUGCUAAAAAGCCCAUUGUGAUCAAAGACGAGCUUGAGAAAGAUAAAGAUAUCAUCAAGAGUGAAAAUAGCGGUGAUUCGAUCCCGAGAAAGCGUCGUCGCUCAACAUCAGUAGCAACAACUGAAACCUUUACCUCGGAUGCAGCAGGUCGAAAUGUUCGCCACUCAAACCUCAAGAAAGAGCCAGCUAUCAAGGAGGAACCAAUCGAUGUUGAUGCGUUAGACUCGCAGGACCUUGAGCUUUUGCUAUCAUCCGCGGUCACAUACGAUUUGACGAAGGAGGAUCAGUCUCUAGCAAAGAACGUCAAGAUCGAGGCAGAAGCCGAGGAACGCAUCGACAUUCCCAGCUAUUCUGAUGGUGCUGCAAUUGAGAGCCAGCCAGAAACAUCGCAGCUUUAG